AUGGAUCUUCCUAUCGUCGACCUUGAUCUCUUCCGGACGCUGCCCCGAGACGACCCCCGCGUGCUUUCCGAGUGCCGCCGCGCCGCGGACGCGCUCGUGGAGUUUGGUGCCCUGGUGUUGCACGACGAGCGCGUCGCCGAGGCCGACAACGAUGCCUUUUUGGACCUGCUCGAGUCCUACUUUGCCCAGCCGGACGACGUCCUGCGCCAGGACGAGCGGCCCGCGCUCGGCUACCAGGUCGGCGUCACGCUCGAGAACACGGAGACGCCCAAGUGUGCCGUCGACGAGCCGUGUCUCGACGUGAUUGCGCGGCUGGCGCCGGCGGAGCGGCCGCUGGACAUUGGCGGGCACCAGCCAGACCCCAAGUGCCGGUUCUUUUGGCGCAUGGCCGAGGCGCCACCGUACGACACGGCGUUUCCGGGGCUGAACGCGCCAAAUGUGGUGCCGUCAACGGACGAUGCGGCGAUCCGGGAGCGAUGGACACCGGUGAUGAACCAAUGGGGCGCAGCCAUGAAAGAAGCAGUCACGGGUGUGGCGGAAAUGGCGGCGGUUGGGUUCGGCUUGCCUGCCGAGACGUUCAGUGACGCUGGUCGCUACGGGCCGCACCUCCUGGCGCCGACGGCGUCCAACCUCGACAAGUACGGCGCCCGCGACACCAUCUUGGCCGGCUUCCACACCGACCUCAACUUCCUCACCAUCCACGGCCGCUCGCGGUUUCCGGGACUGCACAUCUGGGCCCGCAACACAGGCCGCCGCAUCGCUGUGGCCAUCCCCCCCGGUCGCCAUCUGCUCGUCCAGGCCGGCAAGCAGCUCGAACACUUGUCCGGCGGCCUGGUCAAGGCCGGCUACCACGAGGUCGUCGUCAACGAGAAGACGCAGGCUGUCGUGGCCGCCCGCAAGGCCGCACUGCCCGACCGCCCGGCGAUCCGCAUCUCGUCGACCUUUUUCUGGCACCUGGCGUCCGACGUCGACCUGGCGCCGCUGCCGCAGCUCGCCGACAAGGCACGGGCGCUGCGGGCAGCCAAGCAGGCGCAGGGUUUGGACGAGGGCGCGGCAGUGCAGUACGCGCCAAUGAAGGUCGGCCAGCAGGUGCAAAGGUGA